AGUUUCUACUAUAUGUGAUGCACAUUGAAUAAGUGUUGGAACUACAGUUUUGAGUAAAAGAAUCUUUAUUUUUAUGAGGUGAUGGUCAUGGGAGCGGUAGAAGCUAAUCAGAUCAUCAGAAGACAGAUUAGCUUUGAUGAGUCUGGUGCUGUGAGAACGUGGCAUAGGGGUCUUUGAUGUGGUCGAGGAAGGCUGCUACAGGUUGACUAAGAUUCCAAGAAUGAGUGGAAGUUAUCUGGGUGAAGAGGAAAGGAGCACACUCCUGGAGUGGCAGGUGCAAGGGUUCUGAGGCAGGAGGGUGUGGUGUUCGACGUGUUAAAUAACCUCUCCUGUGUUUACAAGGCUGCGGGGUCAGUACCCCAGUCGCUGGGUCAGCCAGGAUGCAUGGGUGUUGGCUUAGUAGUUCUGUUUUUAUCGUGACCCACUGUUGAUCUUCAGUGGGGAGAAGAUAGAGGUGUGGAGGUAGUGGGCUGACACCGCGUUUGUGUUGACAGGAGUGUUGUAAUCUGGUCAUAGCGUGGACUUGUGUUGGAGGGAGCGAGAGAUGACCCACGCUGUGGCUGCCGUCCAUGCAGGCCCCUUCACAGAUGUAGUCACUACAAACCUUAAGUUGCGAAAUCCUUCAGAUCGAAAAGUGUGUUUCAAAGUGAAGACGACAGCGCCUCGUCGGUACUGUGUGCGGCCCAACAGUGGGAUCAUUGAUCCCGGGUUGACUGUGACCGUUUCAGUAAUGCUGCAGCCUUUUGACUAUGACCCCAAUGAGAAGAGUAAACACAAGUUUAUGGUACAGACCAUCUUUGCUCCACCAAACAUUUCAGACAUGGAAGCUGUGUGGAAAGAAGCGAAACCCGAUGAAUUAAUGGAUUCUAAAUUGAGAUGUGUAUUUGAAAUGCCCAAUGAAAAUGAUAAAUUGGGUCUCGCUCCUCCAGGGCCCGCCGUGGCCGUCGCUCCGCUGGGCAGCAUCAACAGCACAGGCACAGCACCUGCCACUUAUAGUGCGAAGAAUGAGCCCAGGGCCUUCAGUGUGUUCAAACAGGAGAAGCAGAAGAACGACAUGGAACCCAGCAAAGCCGUUCCCCUGAAUGCUGCGAAGCAGGAUGGGCCCGUGCCAAAGCCGCACAGCGUUUCCCUCAGUGACACUGAGACGAGGAAGCUCGUGGAGGAGUGCAAGCGGCUGCAGGGGGAGAUGAUGAAGCUGUCGGAAGAGAACCGGCUCCUGAGGGAUGAAGGCUUACGGCUCAGGAAGGUAGCACAUUCGGAUAAACCUGGAUCCACCUCAGCUGUGUCCUUCAGAGAGAACGUCACCAGUCCUCUUCCUUCACUUCUUGUUGUCAUUGCAGCCAUUUUCAUUGGAUUCUUUCUAGGGAAAUUCAUCUUGUAGAGUGAAGCAUGCAGAGUGCUCUUUCUUUUUUUCCUCUUGACCAGAAAAGAUUCGUUUACCUGCCAUCUCACUGGUAGUGUGGCCAUGGUGACCAUGUGGCCCACGGUGACCAUGCUUUGUGUGUAAGCGUCAUGUAGGCCUCGCCCGUAACGGUCUCACGGUUAGAAAGAAACGCGUAAGAGCAGAGUGCUGGGCUCCGGACAGCGCCACCGCCACCAGACCGUCCCUAGCAGGCGUCAUUGCACAUCCAGUCCUUUAUGAAAUUCAUAAAUAAAGAAUUGUUCUUUCUUUGUGGUUUUAAUAAGAGUUCAAGAAUUGUUCAGAGUCUUGUAAAUGUUAUUUUAAUAAUCCCUUUAAAUUUUAUCUGUUGCUGUUACCUCUUGAAAUAUGAUUUAUUUAGAUUGCUAAUCCCACUCAUUCAGGAAAUGCCAAGAGGUAUUCUGUGGGGAAAUGGUGCCUCGUACAGUGUAAAUUUUCUCCUUCACCUUUGCUAAUAUCAUGGCAGAAUUUUUCUUACCCUUGUGAGGCAGUUGUUGACUGAGUUUUUCAUCCUUCCAAUCCUGUCCCAUGGUAUUUAACACAAAAAUAAUAAAACUGUUAACAGAU